GGGUUCUCGAUAAAUAUUUUGAACUUGACCAAUCAAAUAGUGGCACAUCGAUUUCAUUACAGUUAAUACAGUUAUAUUUGCUACAUAAAUGUAAGUUUGUUUAUGGUGCUUUAUUUCAUAUUCUUGAAAGAAAAUGUGUUGAAACUUUUGAAUUUGGCGGAACUAAAUAUGGUAAUUAG